AGGUACCUGCGGAGCCCGCCGCGCUUGACCUCACAAACGACCCUCCCGGCCCGCGGGCUGCUCCUCCCCGGCGGGCCCAGACGGCGCGCGCGCGGCCCCGAUGCCCCCCUUUCCGCCGGCGGCCAUGGAGGUGACCCCCAGCUCGCUGGAAACCCUGCUGUGGGUCUACCACUUCCAUAGCUCCACGGAGGUGAGGCUCCGCCGGCGGCCCCACCCGGGGCGGGCGCCCCCGGGAGCUCCGCCCGGUGACCCGCCGGCGCCGCCGCCCCCGCUCCUUGCCCAGGUGGCCCUGCAGCCCCCGCUCCUGUCCUCCCUGGAACUCUCCGUGGCCGCAGCCCACGAGUAUCUGGAGCAGAGUUUCCGGGAGCUCGAGUCCCUCCAGCUGCGGGAGCCGCAGGGGCCGCCCGCCCCGAAGCCCACCCUGGGGCUGGUGCUGAGAGAGGCCGCGGCCAGCGUCGUGAGCUUCGGCGCCACCUUGUUCGAGAUCUCAGCCCUGUGGCUGCAGCAGGAGGUGCGGCGACUGGACGGCGACGCCGGCAGCCCGAGCCCGGGCCCGGCCCCAGGCGCCGGGGACCCGGGCGGAGCACUGGCCCGGGUAGCCCAGGCGGCGGGGCAGGGGGCUCGGCGAGCGGGGGCUGCGGCGGGCGCGGCGGCACGCCUGGCGCUGCAGGGGGCGUGGCUGUGCCUGUGCGGGCAGGGCCUGCAGGGCUCCGCCUCCCUCCUGCCGCCGUGGGGGCGCCCGCUGGGCCUCGGGGCGGCCGGGGGACGGAGAUACUCAGGGGACCUCAAGGUGGCGUCCAGCAGCAGCGCGGAGGACGGGGGACCUGAGAACCCGCCGCCGUCCCAGCCCCGCCCCACGCUCGAAUAAAGCCCAGGCGGGCCCG